CAUAAACAUAUUCUUUUUCUGUUCUCUCUCACCACACACAUCCAUACAUACAAACUCUCCUUCUCUGUUCUUCCCACAAUCCACACACAAAGACACAAACACACACACACAAAAGAUAUUUUCUUAAAAUAUCCUUUCAAACAUAUUAUUUGUCACACUAAAAUUCAGGUCAUAGUGAACGGGCCCGUGUCCACUAUAAUCUAAGAUAGAGUAUUGCGAAGUUCAACAGAGCCUUGAUCAUAUCAAAUUUAAUCAAGAUGAAAAUGUAUCUGCCAUGGUGAAGUCAUCAGGAUAUUUAAAGUUAACGGGUGUUCCUUAUGGUAAAAAUCAGGCACCACUAUCUGAUCAAGAAAGGAACUCUCAAUCUGUAAUGACCACAGAGUCACAUGAUGGCAACGACACAUCACUGUCCAACCAAGAAGGAAGUUCCAUAUCAGAAUAUAAUCAAGAAAGAAGUGCACUAGUUAUAUCACCUGAAAGAGUGCCAGAUGGCAGUGUUCCUGAAUCACUCUCGGAUCAAGAAAAUUAUGUGAUGGCGUUAAGACCUGAAAAAGGGCUAGAUAAGUUGCCAUUGAGACGACCCCCUGACAAUCGGGUCCAUGUGUCAGGUUCUGAUCAGGGGGUUACUUUCUUAAGGACACCUGAGAAACCUAUGGUGGAUGGAUUUAAUUGGCGAAAAUAUGGUCAGAAGCUGGUCAGGGGAAAUGCAUCUGUCAGAAGCUAUUACAAAUGCACAUAUGGUGAUUGUCCAGCUAGAAAGCAAGUGGAACAUUCACAUGAUGGACAUAUCACUGAGAUAAACUACUUAUUGAAGCAUGAACAUCCUAAGCCUUGUGAUCUACCAAAUCAAACUGGAAGACCUAAUGAACCGUCUUUGGAAUCUGAAACUUCUCAAGAUCCUGAGGCAUUAGAGACCCCUGUGUUAUCUACCGUCGUACACAGUGAAAAUUUAGUGGAGGGGGUAGUCUCACAUGCAAGUGAAAUAGAAAGUGUCAACAAUAAUCCACCCGACUCAAAGAGGCAGAAGAAAGAGAAUUCUAGAAUCAAUGAUAGUGUUGUGACAAAGACAAAUUAUGAGCCACGUGUAGUUGUUGAGACUACGAGCGCAGUUGAUAUUGUAAAUGAUGGGUAUCGUUGGCGCAAAUACGGGCAAAAGCAAAUAAAAGGCAGUCCAUAUCCAAGGAGUUAUUAUCGGUGUGUAAAUGGUGGCUGUCCAGUGAAGAAGCAUGUAGAGAGGGCACCCCAUGAUGAAAAAGUGGUGUUGACAACUUACGAGGGACGGCAUGACCAUGAUAUGCCAGCUGGGAUCAGAACCGUUAUACAAAUUACACCAGGAAACAACAAUGGCAAAACAUCCUCUAAUGAUGAUGAAUCAAAACCUCAACCAGAAGCAGAUGAAUCUAGAGGUAUGGAAAUGGUCGUUCAUGAUGAUGCUGAUUGACCAAUAACUCUCUUUGUUGUAACUAAUUAUCAAAGCACCUGACCCUUACUUUUGUAGCGUAGUGCCGUAGUUAAGUAGUUUCGUUAUAUGCCCAUUAGUCUCCAUUUGCUGAGUAUUCAUGAGUGGACAUAUAGAAGUUGUCGUGCGGUUCACCAUUUUGUUUUUAUAUUUCACGCUGACUUGUUUGUGGCAAUCACUAUUCACUACUGUAGGCCUGUAGCAGGUAAAGCGAGUUGUUAGACUUUGUUUCUUGGGUAACGACUAUGCUAUGGGUUUUGAGUCUUGACAUACGAUAUUAUGUACCCGAUCAUUCGAUCAUUGACCAAAAGAGGUGCCCCCUUCGUGUA